GUCCGGGCCCGGAUCCCUCUUCAACCUUCUUCUGGAGGGGCACCUUCAACCCAGCUUCGCGGUGCACGGGCAGCGGCUUCCUAAGUUCUAAAGAAUUACUUCAAAUAUCACCAUUCCUCUGCCACGAUGUCCUUUCUCAGUAUCAGCCGGCUAGCACCCAAAAUCCUCGCUUCCAAGAAUGCUGCUUACAUCCUUGUGGCUGCCAGAAAUGCCAGUGCAUCAACUACAAAUUUAAAGGAUGUUUUGGCUGACCUCAUCCCCAAAGAACAGAACCGCAUUAAGAACUUCAAGCAACAGUAUGGCAAAACAAACAUCGGCCAAAUCACUGUUGAUAUGGUUUAUGGAGGGAUGAGAGGAAUGAAGGGGUUGGUGUACGAGACCUCUGUUUUAGAUCCAGAAGAGGGUAUUCGUUUCAGAGGCUACAGUAUCCCCGAGUGCCAGCAGCUGUUGCCCAAAGCUCCUGGAGGAGAGGAGCCACUGCCUGAGGGGCUGUUCUGGCUUCUGGUGACGGGACAGGUGCCCACAGAGGAACAGGUGAACUGGGUGUCCAAAGAGUGGGCAAAGAGAGCUGCUCUUCCAUCUCACGUGGUCACGAUGUUGGACAAUUUCCCCACAAACCUUCACCCCAUGUCCCAGUUCAGUGCUGCUAUCACAGCUUUGAACAGCGAGAGCAGCUUCGCACGGGCGUACUCUGAAGGAGUGCACAAGUCCAAGUACUGGGAGUUUGUUUAUGAAGACUCUAUGGAUCUGAUUGCCAAACUGCCCUGCAUCGCAGCUAAGAUCUACCGUAACUUGUACCGUGAGGGCAGCAGCAUUGGAGCCAUUGACUCAAACCUGGACUGGUCCCAUAACUUCACCAACAUGUUGGGCUACAGUGACGCGCAGUUCACUGAACUCAUGCGCCUCUACCUCACCAUCCACAGUGACCACGAGGGAGGAAACGUGAGCGCUCACACCAGUCAUUUGGUCGGCAGCGCUCUGUCUGACCCCUACCUCUCCUUCAGCGCGGCUAUGAAUGGCCUGGCUGGUCCUCUGCACGGUCUGGCCAAUCAGGAGGUGCUGGUGUGGCUGACGGCACUGCAGAAGGAGCUUGGAGGAGAGGUGUCCGAUGAGAGGAUGAGGGAUUACAUCUGGAACACACUCAAGUCUGGGAGGGUGGUUCCUGGUUAUGGCCACGCCGUCCUGAGAAAGACAGACCCUCGUUACACCUGUCAGCGUGAGUUUGCCCUGAAGCACCUGCCCAACGACCCCAUGUUCAAACUGGUGGCUCAGCUCUACAAGAUCGUUCCGAAUGUCCUCCUGGAGCAGGGCAAGGCCAAGAACCCUUGGCCCAAUGUGGACGCUCACAGCGGAGUGCUACUGCAGUACUAUGGCAUGACAGAGAUGAACUACUACACUGUGCUUUUCGGCGUGUCCCGAGCUCUGGGUGUGUUGUCUCAGCUGAUUUGGAGCAGGGCCCUGGGCUUCCCUCUGGAGCGCCCCAAAUCCAUGAGCACAGACGGACUCAUGAAUCUGGUGGGAGCGAAGUCUGGCUGAACCACCUUGGGAGGCCAGCAGGGGUCAGUGAAGGGUGGGAGGAACUGGAAAUAUCCCCAAAAACGAAAAGCAGACGUAGGAUUUCAACUUUAACUACUACAGGUUCAAAGAUGGUACACUUUUAAUGAUAUUUCACAUAAAAAGGGUCUUUUGAUUUGCAACAGAAUUUGAUUACUUUAUUGUUAACCACUGACUAGUUUAAAGUUCAUACCACUAUGUCUGCUAGCGUUGUUAGCAUCUUCAAACCUUAAUGUAAGGAUAUGUGUCAGCUGGAACCAUGUUGUGAACUUUGAAAAGGCAUUUAAAGGGAAACAUGGGAGGUCAAUUACACUUCCAGUAUAUUUGUUUUAAGAUAUGGUGUUAAAAUGUGAGAUGAGCCUUUUCUGCUUUGGGGCAAAUAAUACACUGACUUCUUUGAAUGCUACAACCUGGAGAUAUUUACAUUUACAAAUCCAGUUUUAUUUUCUUUCUAUGCAAAGUUGUCAUCCCAGUAAAUCCACAUGCUUCACUCCCAUUGUAAAACACUCCAGCUCAAAACUAUUGGACUGCUCAAAACCUACAAACCAUUUAAAUGACGCUGCCCCUUUAAAAUUUUGGUCUCAUGUCCUCUAUGAUCAAAAUGAUGACACUGCCAGUCAAAAGUUUGGACACAAUUUUAUAUUUAUGUUUUUAUUUUCAUGAUCAUUUACAUUGUAGAUCCUCACUGAAGACAUCAAAACUAUGAAUAAACACAUAUAAAAUGUAAUAAUCAAAAAGUAAGUACAUUUUAUAUUUUACAGUCUUCAAAAUGGCCACCCUCUUUGAUCACUGCUUUGCACACACUUGGUAUUCCACUGAUGAACCCUGACAAGGGACAGCUGAGAUGUGAAAACCACAGGCACAGUUCAAUAGACCCAGCCAACAAAGAGUUUACAAAUAGGAGUGUUAGUUUCAGCGUAGUUGGCUCCUCCCUUCAGAUGGAUAAAAGGCAGUGUCUAUCAACAAUCUGACCAGAACUGAAGAAGCGGCUUGGAUGAGCAGCCAAACGCCUUUACUCAAAAACUGUUUAUCCAGUUGACAGAAUUGAAUUUUUCUUUUACCAUAGAUCAUGCUUGGACGACUGAUGGAUUACAGACAUUUCAGGUGACUUCAUCAAGAAACUCAUUGAGGUCAAGGGUUUGCAGAGCUGGCGACAAAGCAAAGGGUGGCUACUUUGAGAGAUCUGAAUACAAAAUAUAUAACAUUUAGUUAUUUAACUUUUUUUGUUGCUGUCUAAUCUCAUACAUCUUGUUUCAUAUAUUUGAUCUCUUCAGUGUGUAUCUACCAAAAACAAAGUAGUAAACAACAGAAAAAGAUUCUGUCCAAACUUUUCACUGGUAGUUUUAUAAAUAUCUUUAUUUUUCCCAUAUAAAACCUGUUAAAUCAUUGUUUAGAAUUACUAUGAAUCAAUAAUGUACAGUACAUGUAGAUGCUAUAUUUAGGCUGAUUACCUUGCAGCAGAUGGUAGCAUUAAGAGCAAGUUUGAAUGGACACAUGAAUUGGGUUCUGCUAUCCCAUUAAAUUGUAUUUUAGCUUGUUUAUUUCCCAACGAGAGAGCGCUUUCAACAUCGACUACUCCAAAACAAGCACUUGAUUGGAAUCUUACUAAUUAGUAGCUGUAGAAAACCCUAAGAUUGUAUUCCAAGAUAUUUUGUGGUGUUUGAAAAUGUUAAGUUUUCUCAUUUUGUGGACUUAUUUAUACAGUGUACAUAGGUAUAUACUUGUAUAUGUAUAGCUUGAAUGUAUUAACGUGCAUACCUUUUACUAAUACCACAAUAGUUUGGCACAAUUGUCCAUUCACAUUGGUCACUUAUUGUACAAAAGAACAAAUUUGAAAACUGCAGCUAUGUUGUAAAUACACAAUCUUUGACUAGCCAGGUGCUAUUUCUCAGGAGUUUCAAUCAAUUCAAACUUGCUCUCGACGUCUAUCUGCUGUCCCUAGAUUAUCCAGCACUCCAUUUUGUCAAGUCAUCAAUCUGAAAUUAGUUUAAACCAAAGCUAAUGUUUUUAACCUUAUUUGUUUGGCUUUGUACGUGUGGUGUUUGGCAUUGUAGCUAACAUGAUUGUUUUGAUCGUAGAGGAGCAAUAAGCUUUGGUUCUUUGUAACAUAAAUAAAAUCAUUGCGUUUGGGGAUGUGAUGUAGAAGGGUCAAACGGGCAAGAAAAGAAUAUUGGAAAACUUCACAAAAAAUGGAAAAUAAAAGGUUUUAUUAACAA